AUGAACAGCCUGCUGGCAACGCCCCCUGUUCCUCCACACUUCUAUGAACACUGUCGACUCUCUCCUUCUCGGUCUAUGUCCUCUACCAAUCCUAGUGGCAACCGAAAAAGAAAAGCUGAGGAUGAUUACCUCCCAAGUGAUCAUGACACUAGAAUGUCUGCAUCUCCUUCAAACUCUCCAGCAUUUUCCCCGAGAACCUUACCUGCCCCUCGUCAGAUAAAACGAUCGAGACCAAACAUCUCAGGACGUCCGUUGGCUUUAUCCCGCCUGCUCGAGACUCUUGAUACCGACGCUCUUCGCUCCAUCUUACGAUCUAUGUGUGACAGACACCCAGAGCUAGCAAGCGAGGUUGUACAAACCGCUCCUCGACCAAGCGUCAGCUCUGCCUUGCAGGUUUUAAACAACUAUCAAUCAGCCCUCCAGUCCUCUAUUCCGCUUGGAGGGAAUUCCUCUUCGGAUUACGCAUAUAACCGUGUCCGCCAGCAUAUUGUGAACCUCCUAGAUGCCUUGAGUGAUUUCACACCUCACUUCUUACCUCCCAACGAAUCCCAGGUCUCGACAGCCUUAAACUACCUUGACGGCGCCACCGAAAUUAUACAUCGACUGCCCAGAUGGGACACGCCGCAACAUAAUUUAGAAAAGGAUGCCGCCUAUGAAGAGAUGGCUAAAGCAUGGAUACUGGUUAUUCGGGAGGCCGGUAAACGGGGUGGCGGCAUUCAGUUGCAAUAUGGCGGAUGGGAUCAGAAACUCUCAAAACAUAACCAGACGGCAGGAGGGAAACUCCAGGAUGCUGUCAACACUCUUAGUUCCAAUCUUGGCUGGAUGGGUAAUCAGGAUUUAUCCAAUAGCCAGGGAGGGGAUGCUUCAUCGAUACGCCAGCAGCUCCUUUCUGGCACCUACGGCAGUGGUAUGCCACUGAAGGUCGGCCCUUGGUGA